UAAAAUAAACACUAGGCAGGCAGGGUGUGAGUGUCUUUAAUAUUCUCUCUCUAAGCAAAGAGACGUAGAAAGUAGCCACUAGAAUCUCUCCCACAUAGAAAGGCACAUGAAGGAAGGGGCCACAAAACCAAACAGCAAUAGCAUAUGCAUAUCCCAUUUCUCUCUCAAACAAAAGUUUCUGUCUUCACACUCCAAAUGAGAAGCAUAUCUCAUCACCAAUCACCACCGCUACCAGUGUCUUCACUUGCACUCUUUUAUUUAAUUUAGUGAAUGAUGAACAAGCUGGUGGUAGAAGUUGUGGAGGCGAGCGACCUCAUGCCCAAAGAUGGGGAAGGGUCAGCUAGCCCCUUUGUAGAGGUCAAGUUCGAUGAGCAGCAGCACAGCACUGAAACGAGGCACAAAGACCUGAAUCCUUGUUGGAAUGAAAAGCUUGUGUUCAACAUCAAUAACCCCAGAGAUCUUGCCCACAAGACAAUUGAGGUGGUUGUAUACAAUAACAAUCACAAUGAUCGGAACCACAAUAACUUCCUUGGAAGGGUGAGACUUUCAGGCUCCUCAAUUCCUCUAUCGGAGUCCCAGGCCAGUGUGGAACGCUACCCACUUGAGAAACGUGGUCUCUUCUCAAAUAUCAGGGGAGAUAUUGCUCUUAGAUGUUACACGCUGCAUGAUCAUCAUCAUCAUGCUCAUGCUGCUGCGGAACACCAUCACCAUCACCCCCAAGUAGACACUCCUCCUCCUCCUGCUGCUGCUGCUGCUGCUGAGGAGGAGGAGGAGGAGUAUCAGGACACUCCCUUUCAAGAAAUAAACCCCAACAUGAACACGGUGCUAGAUGAGGAAAUCGCGGUUGGUGGCGGGGACAAGAAGAAAAAGAAGAUGCAAAAGAAAGAAAAGGAAGUCAGGACUUUUCACUCUAUUCCAGCAGCACCCGCGAUGGAAACGACCCAAAGGAGGGUUGAUUUUGCAAAAGCUGGGCCACCCAAUGUAAUGUUAAUGCAGCAGAUCCCAAAGCAAAACCCUGAGUAUUCAUUGGUGGAGACAAGUCCACCACUGGCGGCUCGUUUGCGCUAUAGAGGAGGCCGGGACAAGAUAUCCACCACCUACGACUUAGUGGAACAGAUGAAUUACUUGUACGUCAAUGUUGUCAAGGCUAGGGAUCUCCCUGUUAAGGAUAUCACUGGUAGCCUUGACCCUUAUGUGGAAGUCAAGCUUGGUAACUACAAGGGCCUCACCAAGCACUUGGACAAGAACCAGAACCCUGUCUGGAAUCAAAUCUUCGCCUUCUCCAAGGACAGGCUGCAAUCAAAUUUGCUUGAAGUCACCGUCAAGGAUAAGGACAUUGUCAAGGAUGAUUUUGUGGGGAGAGUUAUGUUUGAUCUCACUGAGGUUCCUCUUCGGGUACCCCCAGACAGCCCCUUGGCUCCUCAAUGGUACAUAUUGGAGGACAAGAAGGGCCAAAAAAUUCAUAAUAAUGGGGAAAUCAUGCUUGCGGUUUGGAUGGGAACACAAGCGGAUGAGUCCUUCCCCGAGGCCUGGCACUCUGAUGCUCACAACAUUAGUCACUCCAACCUUGCAAACACCCGCUCAAAGGUAUAUUUCUCGCCAAAGCUUUACUAUCUUAGAGUUCAAGUAAUCGAGGCUCAGGAUCUUGUUCCUUCCGAUAAAGGAAGGGCCCCGGACGCCAUUGUUAGAGUACAGCUGGGGAAUCAGAUGAGAUUCACAAGGCCUUCUCAAAUUAGAGGCAUCAACCCAGUUUGGAAUGACGAGCUUAUGUUUGUGGCAGCCGAACCAUUUGAGGAUUUUAUCAUUGUGACUGUUGAGGACAAAGUAGGUUCUAGUGUUGAAAUCUUAGGAAGGGAGAUCAUUUCGGUGAGAAGUGUUCCUCCCAGACACGAGUCCAGCAAGAAGCUCCCCGAUUCUCGUUGGUUCAAUUUGCACAGGCCUAGUGCGGUUGGCGAGGAGGAAACAGAGAAAAAGAAGGACAAGUUCUCAAGCAAGAUUCACCUCCGAGUGUGUCUUGAGGCCGGGUACCACGUCCUUGAUGAGUCCACGCAUUUCAGCAGUGAUCUUCAGCCAUCCUCCAAACAUUUGAGGAAGAAAAACAUUGGAAUUCUCGAACUUGGGAUACUGAGUGCCCGCAACUUGCUGCCCAUGAAGGCCAGGGAAGGGAGGACUACCGAUGCCUACUGCGUGGCCAAGUAUGGCAACAAAUGGGUUCGAACCAGAACUCUGCUUGACACUCUCUCCCCUCGAUGGAACGAGCAAUAUACCUGGGAGGUUCAUGAUCCAUGCACUGUCAUCACGGUUGGGGUAUUUGACAACCACCACAUCAAUGGGAGCAGUGAUGCCAGAGAUCAGAGAAUUGGAAAGGUGAGAAUCAGGUUGUCAACUCUGGAAACUGAUAGGGUGUAUACUCAUUUUUAUCCUCUGCUGGUUCUCCAACCCAAUGGCCUCAAGAAGAAUGGAGAGCUUCACUUGGCGGUGAGGUUCACCUGCACCGCAUGGGUUAACAUGGUAGCCCAGUAUGGUAGGCCUUUGCUUCCCAAAAUGCAUUAUGUCCAACCCAUACCCGUCAGGCACAUAGAUUGGCUCCGCCACCAGGCCAUGCAGAUUGUGGCCGCUCGCCUGUCUAGAGCAGAGCCGCCCCUUAGGCGCGAAGCUGUUGAGUACAUGCUCGACGUGGAUUACCACAUGUGGAGUCUAAGGAGAAGCAAAGCCAAUUUUCAUCGCAUAAUGUCACUCCUCAAAGGAGUUACUGCUGUUUGCAAGUGGUUUGAUGACAUCUGCACUUGGAGAAAUCCAAUCACAACCUGCCUUGUUCACGUCUUGUUCUUGAUACUGGUUUGCUACCCGGAAUUGAUACUGCCCACCAUUUUUCUUUACUUGUUUGUAAUCGGGAUUUGGAAUUACCGCUUCAGGCCAAGGAAUCCACCCCACAUGGAUGCUAGGCUUUCACAGGCAGAGACUGCUCACCCAGAUGAACUGGACGAGGAAUUUGACACUUUUCCAACAACAAAGCCUUCAGAUAUUGUGAGAAUGAGGUAUGACAGAUUGCGGAGUGUGGCAGGUAGAGUACAAACUGUGGUUGGAGAUUUGGCUACUCAAGGAGAAAGAGCUCAAGCCAUACUAGGUUGGAGAGACUCCAGGGCCACAUCUAUCUUCAUCAUCUUCUCACUCAUUUGGGCCGUUUUCAUUUACAUUACUCCCUUCCAAGUGGUUGCAAUUCUAAUUGGCCUCUUUAUGCUGCGUCAUCCUCGCUUUAGGAGCAAGAUGCCAUCAGUACCAGUUAAUUUCUUCAAGAGAUUGCCUUCCAAAUCAGAUAUGCUUAUAUGAUGACCGGCUUUGCUGUUUCUCUUUUUAUCCAUCCACCACCUAUUAUUGUGCACAAAUAAUCACAAUGUAUGAAUAAACAGACCUUCACCAUUACACGUAAAAUUAAAGAGGGUACAGCAAACAUGUGCAUAGUCCCCCUCCAAUUUCAUUAGCAAAAACACACUUUCUUUGUAUGAAAGUAUAUAUAUAUAUACAUAAAUCCCAAAGCUUCAGUUUCAGCUAUGAAAAAA